AGUGUAGCAUCUCCACCCCCAGUGUGCGUCCAGACCGUCCUUCCCAGCAUGUUUGACGCUGGAGUGGGGAUCCUGCAGAGCUGGUUCUGUGCCUGCUGGCACAGCUCCUGGGUGUUAUACACCUGCGUCCUUCUGGUCCUGUUCAUCUGGGUGGCCAUGGCGACUCAGCACAGCUUCUCCUGGAGAAGCAGGAUGGCUCUUCGGAGGAAGAGGACACACCGAAAGAAAAAGCAGAAACCAAAAGCUUUUGGGUGCUGUGAGGAAGAGCUGGAGGAGGCUGGUGCAUCCCUAGAGACAUGCUGCCCUGUGCACCCGAAGAAGCUCCGCUUGGCUCAGCGCCUCAGGCUGGUUGAGAGGAAUCUACAGUACGUGGCCAGACACCUGAUACCGCCGAGUGUGUCGACAGCUGCCACGGGCCAGUUCUCCUACUCCUCUAGGGAAUCCACCACCUCUGCCCUCUGGAGUCCCAGCUCCUUUUCCCUGAGAAAAGCCGCCAUGAUUCAAUCAGAGCCCCUCUGCCACACGGGGGAGAUCAUGCCUGUCGGGGGCUGGGAAGGAUCCGCUCAUCCCAUCCAAGCCCAGCCUCUCCCCAGGCCUCCUGCCCACAGCAGACGGGACCGGCGAGAGCAGACCAUGGGUCUGGACCAGACGUCAAUCCGUGGCUUAGACUUCAACAUCCGCCAGAAGCAUCUGCAGAGUCAACUGGGGGCUCCUACCCCAUACACAGAGUCACUGGCCAAGAUGAUCCCUAACGUCCCUGCUCUGCGCCCACCGGACAGAGACCCCAGGGUGAAGUUCAACAUGAGCAGGGUCCCUUUCCUAAGCUGUGAAGUCCUGGAGGAACUGGACUCUACAAAGAGACUCCAGCAUGAGCAGGGCUUACCCCUCACCCCCCAGAAACCCCACACAGCUCUUCUGCCUCCAGCUCCACAAACCCCCAUCCCGGGGGAGCCAUUGCUGGGUGAGCGGGACACCAAGCAGCAAUUGAUAUUAGACACAGAUCGGCCCAAGUGUGGAUUUCCAGCAAAGGUCCCGGAGCCCCUCAGAUCCAACACCAGCCCUCAGCGUGCACAGGCGAUCCAGGAGCCAUGUGUCUACCCCUCUGGACCUCUGCCUCAAAAAGCCCACAGGAUCAUGGCAUCCCCUGAUGCCAUGCUGGCCAGGCCUGUGCCCACGGUGGUGGUCAAGCUGCAGGAACACAUUGCUCAGAAAUGCUCAGAGAUCCAAAUGGAGGCGUUCCCAAAGAUGGUGAGAGAGUCGCACAGAGAUGCUCCCCUCGUGAGAGAGACGGCAAUAGCAGAGAAGACGCUCACAGCCACACUCCACCUCUAUAGGAGCGAGUUGAGAAAGCCCCUUACCAGUGUGAGCGGCACCAAAGGGACUGAAGAGAAGCUGGAGCUGCACAUGGAGAGGAAGGUUCUCUUGGGAGAAGGCUCUUGUCUGGGGCCAGGGGCACAGGCAGGUGAGGGCAGGGCAGAUCAUCCCAGGACCCAAAGCCACCAGGUUGCCCCAGAGGCCCCAGGCUCUGAGCAGCUAACAAGAUCCACCCUUGACUCUCUCAUUGCUGGGCAGGCUGCACACAACCUGCAGCUGAAGCACCUGAUGGAAAUGUUGAGCAACUCCCGCCCCUUGGCGGGCCAGGUCUCAGUCUGCCAGCAGUGCCGUAAGACAUAUCCAGGAAAGAUGAAGGGUAAGAAAACUCAGGAGGAGACAUCUGCUGAGCUGCAUGGUCUUCGAGACGACAUGGAACCACAUGGGCUCGAUGGAACUGUGAAUUCGAAGCUCUUCAGGGAUCAGCUGCCAAUUAGUGUCUGCAAGAAGUGCAGUAAGCUUCGACGGAAGAGACCAGCUGGCUCUGCAGGUGCUGACUUGCCCGGAAGAUCCCAUGGAAUCCCACAGCGAUGGACUCCAGGAGACUCUUCAGCAUCAUCCAACCACAAAAAGAUGCCAGUGGUGUGGCUCCUUCCAGCACACAGGAGAAAGACGCAGGAUGGAAUGGGGAAAACGGCUCCCAGUAAGCAACCAAAGAUGGUGUCCAUUGCUACAAGUACAACAGGGCUUUCGCAAGCUGGGGAGAAAACAACUGGGAGUCCUGACGGUUCUCCCCCAAAGUCACCAAAGGCCUCUAGAGCUAGGACAUCAUCCCCUUCAAGAAGCAAAGUUACAAUUCUCAAACGGAUGUUAAUGUGCCUCAAGAAAACCUGCAAUAAGCUUCAGAACAAACUGAAGUCCCAAAUGUCCAAGGACUCUGAUUCAAGAACACCUGAUGCUAAAUUUACAAAGCCACCCCUUGGGAAGGCAAGGGCCUCCAAGGGUGUCUGGUAGUAGUAUAAGGGCCCUACCAUCAAUAAAACACUAACCCCUCCCCUUGACCCCUCAAAACCCGCUCCUUGACCCCUUAAGCCCCAACCACCUGUCACUGGAAG